GCACUGCAGCCAACCAUGUGACAAGUCAUCUGAAACUCACCGCCCUUCUCGACUCCCGACGUCCACGGGUUUUGUGCCCUUGAUGUGCGUUCCUUUUAGGCUCUACACACCAACCUUGUGCACGCAUGCUAAUAUGCUGGUCAGACUGCCUUUGUAUCGUACAUGCAGGCAUACUCAAGCUUUCCGAUAUACUGCCCUGACAAGAUGCUUUAGCUCUACUCGAAACAAUCGACGCUUCCUCAUAGAAGAGCUGCGCCAGCGAGGCCUCGUCAAUACUACAACGUCACCUCAGCUUGAUCAUGUUCUUCAGAAUGAGCACAUCAAGUUGUACUGCGGUGUAGAUCCUACGGCAGCGUCUUUGCAUCUAGGUAACUUGCUGACGCUGAUGGUGUUGCUGCACUUUCACAUUCGCGGGCAUGGGGCCAUUGCACUUGUUGGUGGCGCUACUGGCCGCGUAGGAGACCCAGCCGGCAAGUCUAGUCAGCGAGAUGUCAUUGCACAGGAAAUCAUCGCGGACAAUGUCGUCAAAAUCAAGACUCAAUUGCAGACUUUCCUAGAUCGUGGAAGCGAGUAUGCCAAGUCUGUCAACCCAGAAUUGCCUGUACCAGGCUCAAGUCAGGUUGUCAACAACGCCGAAUGGUACGAUGGACUGACGUUUAUGGAGUUUAUGCAGACCGUCGGGCGCAAUGUACGUGUCCAACACAUGCUUAAUCGCGACUCUGUCAAGAACCGCAUCUCAAAUGCAGCAGGCAUGUCUUUUGGAGAGUUCACCUAUCAACUCUUACAAGCCUAUGACUUUUGGUGUCUCCAUCGUGAUCGAGGCGUCAGACUUCAAAUUGGUGGCAGUGAUCAGUACGGCAACAUCACUGCUGGGAUUGAUCUGGUAGGAAGAAUGCAACAGCAAGAGCAAACCAAGGUCCAAGAAGUCUUUGGCCUUACAAUACCCCUCCUCACCACGCCUACCGGCGAAAAGUUCGGCAAAUCAGCUGGGAAUGCCAUCUGGCUUGAUCCGAGCAUGACAAGCCCAUUCGACUUGUACCAGUUCUUUGUCAAGACGCCAGACUCGCAGGUGCCCAUCUACCUCAAGCUGUUUUCGCUGUUGCCUUUAGAGGAGAUUGACCGAUUGGCUGUGCAGCACGCAGAAGCGCCAGAGAAGCGAGUUGUGCAUCAUAUCUUGGCGCGCGAGAUGCUCACUCUCAUUCAUGGCAAGCAAAGGGCAGAUCAGGUCAGCCUUGCCACGCGUCUCUUGUUUCCGGCCGAUUUCGCAGACUCAGGAACUGCAUCACCGACUGCGAAGCAGAUUGUGGAGGCAUUUGAAGGAGAUGGUCGACUUGUCAAGCUGCCAAGCAAGGAUGUCAUCGGCAACACAGUCGCUGCUAUUCUUCGCGCCACGGGCUCUGCUGAAUCCGGCAAAAAGGCCCAAGCUCUUAUUGCUGGUGGCGCUGUGACACGCGGUCUCGAUGCCAUCAAGAUCUCAAGCCACAAAGAAGCCAUCACCGGCGACUGGCUUCUGGAAGACCGCCUUUUGGUAUUGCGCAUCGGCAAGUCCAAGUUUGUGCUCGUGCAAGCGAUCUAAAUCACCAUCACGCUUGACCCCACCACAUUCUGCUCGGCGACAAUGCCAGUCUCUCCUGGGAAUUCCAGCUGACUUGAAUGUCUGUCUGGUAGAGUUGAGGUGAUGAUGGCUGUAUGAUCAGGCAUGCCAGCCCAGCUCAUCCUGCCAGUUGAUUUAACGUUGCAAAGAAGGGUCUUGGCUUACAUCACUCAAGGCCGUCAAACGAAAUCCCGCUCGUACACCCAUGGAAAACUUGAUUCGGCAAGGGACUGUGCAAGGUCCCAUCUUCACGGU